AUGCUAAAGGAAGCUCUACAGAGGAUCAUUUCAACUCUGGCAAAUAAAAAUGAUGAAAUUCAGAACUUUAUUGAUACACUAAAUCAUACACUAAAAGGAGUUCAGGAAAAUUCUUCUAACAUACUUUCAGAGUUAGAUGAAGAAUUUGAUAGUUUGUACUCUAUAUUGGAUGAAGUAAAGGAAAAUAUGGUUAUCAGUAUCAAGCAGGAACAAGCUCGUAAAUCACAAGAGUUACAGAGCCAGCUUAGUCAGUGUAAUAAUGCCCUGGAGAACUCUGAAGAACUACUAGAAUUUGCAACAAGGUCAUUAGAUAUAAAGGAACCAGAGGAAUUUUCAAAGGCUGCCAGACAAAUCAAGGAUAGAGUCACAAUGGCUUCAGCCUUUCGUCUUUCUUUGAAACCAAAAGUCAGUGACAACAUGACUCAUUUAAUGGUGGAUUUCUCUCAGGAAAGACAGAUGCUGCAAACUUUGAAGUUUUUGCCAGGUAAAUACAUGUAUUACAUGUACAAUUUUGAAUAAAGCCUUUUUUCUCAAAUUUUUUUUCUGUAAUGAAUAUUGGCAUGUAAAUAUUAAAGAAGUAUAGUGUGUUUUUUCUUCAUUCAACUAAGGAAUAAAUCUGCAGUUAUUGUUUUUAGAGAAUUAUUUUACUGGUAGCAAAAGUUCCAUUUC